UGCUGCUGCUGAAGAAGAAGAAGAGGCAUCAUCGUCAUCAUCAUUAUCAUCAUCAUCAGCGGCUGUUCCGCAUAAAGUGCGCCAGGAUGAACGUAGCCGGGCUGAUCUGCGCAGCGCGGGCAACCUGCGCACAGACCUUCCGACGACCUCCGCUGCGGCUCCCGCUUUGCGCCUCCUCCUCCUCCUCCUCCUUCACGGUUCAGAGGUGCCCGCAGUCCACUCAGGCCGUCCCUGCUGCCCGGCUCCCAAGCAGGGUGAAGCUGUCUGCUGGGAAACGUUACGCCUGGUGUGCCUGCGGUCACAGCAAGAAACAGCCUUUCUGUGACGGAUCUCACCGAGCGAAAGCCCCAAAAAUCUCGCCUCUACUCUUCACCCCGGACAAAAACAAGACGGUGUUGCUCUGCGCCUGCAAACAAACCAAAAACUCCCCGUACUGCGACGGCUCGCACUUCAAGGUCAUCUAUAGGGAUGUGGUGAAGUAUGUUAAAGGCCUGUUUAAAUGAUCCAGGUCGCCGUGUUUUACCUCAGCAUAAUCAUGCCGUCCGACAGUGUGUAACAUUUAAAUCAUUUUUCAGAACUGCUGCUUGACUUUAUUAAAGAUUUUGUAACGUUAUAUUUUUCUAAAGAUGCAUAACCUCAUUGGUUUAGUGUGUCGUUGUGUCUGCGCUCGCAGGGCACCAAGAGAAAUCUUACAUUCAUCGAAGAAGGAUUUUAGUUGUUUAAACCCGAUUCAUGUAAAGGUUCAAUAUAAACAUGUUAAAACAAAUGGACUGUGUGGAUGAUUUGUACUGAGUAUAACCCUAAACUUUUCCUGUUUUUGUGAUUUCUAAUAAAAGAUUCUGGUGACAAAGUG